CAAACAUAAGAGCACUACCGCCUCGGGCUUUACUCUGUAUUCAUAUAUGCACUCUCCUCGCUCAGAGACCUCCCUCCCUCUCUCUCUCUCUCUCCCUCUCUGCACAAUUAUUGCGUGUCGCACAAGCUAGUCAGUGUCUCACAGAGUCUCUGAGUCCAGACCCAUUUCUCUCUCUCUCUCUCUCUCAUAAUGGUUCUGCUUCAAAGCCGUACUGGCAACGGAGGAUCAGAACCAGACCACCUUAUCUCCUUCACAGAUGGCGAGCCCAUCGACGCCUCCGAAACGCACUGUUUCAACGACGACUUCGACGACUCAACGUGCUCCACCCCUUACGUCAGCGCCCCGUCGAGUCCGGGCCGGGGCCCGACCAGCAGCGGCGGAUACUUCUUCAGCGCACCAGCGAGCCCCAUGCACUUCGUGCUAUCCUCCGCUCCGUCCGCCACGUGUCCCCCCUCGCCCCAGUACUCCCUCGCCACUUCGUCGUCCGAGUUCGAGUUCUCAUCCCGGUGCUCUCCCAACGGCUCUGUAACCGUCGGAUCAAUGACCUCGGCCGACGAGCUGUUCCUCAACGGUCAGAUCAGACCCAUGAAGCUGUCCUCCCACUUGCAGAGGCCCCAGAUCUUGUCCCCACUCCUGGAUCUCGACGAAGACGAAGAACACGAUGAAGAGGAAGAAACUGCGAAGAAUGCGCGCUCGGAUUCAUUGCACAGGGGCAGAGAUCUCAAGCUACGCAGUCGAUCUCUCCACCGAAAAGCGAGAUCUUUAUCACCCCUUCGAAACGCAGACUUUCAGUGGCUUCACCAGGAAGAGAACGACAAGGCUAAACACGUCGAUAAAGAAGAUAAGCAAAGCGAAGCGACCACCGUCUCGACCGAAACGACACCGUCUUGCUCCGCUUCGUCGUCGAGGUCAUCCUCUGCGGGAAGAAACUCAAAGAAGUGGGUAUUCUUGAAGGACCUCUUGUACAGAAGCAAGAGCGAAGGGAGAGGAGGAAACGGGAAGGAAAAGCUCUGGUCAUACAUUUCGUCCAAGGAAAAGCCGGAGAAGCAGAAACAAAAGCAGAAGCAAAAGCAAAAGCAAGCCGCCGGAAGACCGACCAAUGGGGUGGCGGCAGCGAAGCGGAGGGUGCCGGCUCGGUCACCGCACGAGCUGCAUUACACGGCGAAUAGAGCGCAGGCGGAGGAGCUGAAGAAGAGGACCUACUUGCCCUACAAGCAAGGCCUGCUUGGAUGCCUGGGGUUCAGUUCCAAAGGAUACGGUGCGCUUAAUGGACUCACUAGGGCCUUGAACCCAGUGUCUUCCAGGUAGACCAAAGACGGACAGGUCCUUAGACCUUAAUUAACUUGUACCAUAAAAAAAUAUAUAAAAUAUGUACAGUCGCGAAACUAUAUAUAUGUUGUUCUGAUGAAAUAUUUGUUCGCUUAUGUCAUCCCAGUUUGCCUUUGGAAGUUAUGUAGUAGUGUGCACCAGUAUAUAUGUAAGCUUAAAGUUUAAAGCCUACACUGUGUCUGUGU